GGAAGGAUGUGUUUGAACACUGGUUAUCCGUGCCACUGUCUGAACGAUGGCGAUCCCUGUGAACCAUGCAGGAUGACUGCCAAAGAGAAGGAGACAGAGGAGGCCCACCUGUCCAACAACAUCAACGCACCGAGCCGAGCGGCGAGCAUAUGUGAACCUGACCUGAACAUCCCUUCCAUGGAAGCAGCGAGGGAGCGGAGUCACAACUGGGGAUGGAUGGUGUCUGGGAUCAUCUGUGUAAACAUUCUGAUCCUGGGCUGUGCCUUGGUCAGCGGCAGCGCCUACAAUAAUGUAAAGAUCAGCAGCGUUGACCUGCAGGUUUUCCUCAUCAUCAUCAUCCUCCUCACCUCCAUCUGGAUGAUUUAUUAUGUCAUCUAUACAGCCAGGACAGAAAAUGCUAUUGUUUACAAGGAUGGUCAUGCUGGACCUGUGUGGCUCAGGGGUGGACUUGUGCUGUUUGGACUGCUUAGUAUUAUCAUGGACAUUUUCAAGAUAGCCAGCUAUGUGGGUUACCUUCACUGCGACUCUGGUGUUAAAGUUGCAUUCCCUGUGGUGCAACUUCUUUUCAUAAUUGUGCAGACAUUCUUUUUGUGGAUCCACGCCAAAGACUGUGUGCAGCUACAAAGGAACAUUACACGCUGUGGGCUGAUGCUCACCCUCUCCACAAAUCUGGUCGUGUGGAUGACUCUGGUCACUGAGGAGUCCGUUCACCAAACGACAUUUCCUGAAUAUCCGGAGAACGAAACUAAAAUCCAUGGACGAAAAAUGUACAUCUCUAAAGCUGGUUACGGAGAUGAUAAGUGCAAGUGCAGCCACGGUUCAUGUAGCACCUUCAAAAAUGCAUACUACUAUCUGUACCCCUUCAACAUCGAGUACAGUCUCUUUGCCUCCGCCAUGGCAUACGUCAUGUGGAAAAAUGUGGGCAGACUGACAGAAGAACACGGACACCACCACUUCAAGUUCCGUCCCAAGGAUGUAUUUUUUGGCCCACUGGCAGGAAUUCUCUUAGUCGUGGCAGGUCUGGCAACCUUCAUCGUGUAUGAGAUGGUAAUGGGUGACGAUGACAGUGAUGAGGAUGAGAAAGACCACGCAGUGAUGAUGCACUUUGUCAUGAAUAUAGUGAUAGUGACCCUGAUGUCUGUGUCCACUGUGAUCGGCUGUGCCGUCUACAAGUUUGAAAACAGGGAGCACGUGUCUGAGAAGAACCCCACGCGCAACCUGGAUGUGGGGCUGCUGGUGGGAGCCUCGCUGGGGCAAUUCAUCAUCAGCUAUUUCACCAUCGUUGCCAUGGCUGCAACCGGAACCAAAGGCCACCUGAACAGGCUCAACCUGACCUGGGCUAUCCUGAUGAUCAUCCAACUCGGCUUGCAGAACCUUUUCAUCAUCGAAGGUCUACACCGGGAGCCCUUCCACGAGGUGCACGAGGUGCAUCCGAUCACUGUGGUUGCGAAUCCAUACGUUUUGCAAUCGGGCAAAGACCUGAGCAUGCUUGAACGAUCAGAAAAUGACCCAAAGGCCAGCCCGGUACUCACAACACACAGCCAGCACAGCCACAUGACUGAGCACAGUCACAUGGCUGAGCACAGGCACAAACUGUCAUGGAAGAGACGGGUGUUGAAGGAGGUCUGCGCAUUUCUGCUGAUGGGCAACAUCAUACUGUGGAUCAUGCCAGCAUUCGGUGCUCGACCCCAGUUCGACCACGAUGCUGAAACUGGAUUCUACAAAUUCAACAUGUGGGCUGCGGUUGUGAAUGUUGGACUCCCCUUUGGCAUCUUUUACCGCAUGCACUCAGUCGCCAGCCUGUUUGAGGUCUUUGUGCUCACAUAACGCUGCGGGGGCAUCCGACGUGUACAGCCAACUGUUUUGACAAUAUAAAGCUGUUUUGUAUAAAUCGUAGUUUGUUUUGAUGAUGCUUUGUUAUUUCUCCAUAAAAUUGUGAAGCAGAUGUUGACUGACGAAUAUCAUCACUUUGUCACACGUUGCCUCUUGUGAUGUUGUGGCCUGUGUGUGUGUGUGUGACAGUGUAAAUAUACUCCAAAUGUUAUUUUUAGAAGUCAAAAAAUAAUGAGUUGCGAAGCUAAUCUUGUAUGACUCGUUUUAUGCGUCAGCCUCUUUAUGCACAAAACAAAGGCAAGCAUAUAUAAGUUGAGUGAGAGCAUGAUUAUGUCACCAGGUGUUAUCUAGUGUGAUUAUUAUUAAGAGCAUGCACAGUUGUAGUAGUUGACCUAAUGAAAAAACUAUAGUAGCUUAUUUGAAAGACCAAAGUCUGAAAGCAGCUCUAGCUAGCAUCUAGUUUGAAGCAAAGUUUUGAAGCAAAUAUAACACAGUUUUUAUUUUAUUUUUAGAGACUUAAUUUUGCUGAAUUUUUUCCUGAAUUCAUGGACAUCAGGAAAUUUUUAUAAACCAAAUGACUAUUAACUUAUUAACUUAACUUAUUUAAUCAUAAAAGAAUUUGUAGCUAAAUGGAUAAUAAUAUCAUUUGUUAGUUGCAACCAUAAUUAUUUUUUUGUACUGUAUGCUGCUCAGCCUAUAUAUAAAUAGCUUUGUUACCUUAUUGCUGCGACCUGGAUUUUGGGCAUUAAAGUACCACUUUAUGUUGUUUUAAUCAAGCUGUAUUUAGUUAAAAAACAAGUUUUGUCAUAAAUGAAAAUGAACAAGUGCAAGUUUCUGAAAUAAGUGCCAUUUGAGUGGUAUUUUGUGUGCACUGUUGUUAUGGUUUAUGGUGCAUGUGGCUUGCUUUUGUUUGUUUGUCUGUUUUUAUCUUCUCUCUUUCUUUUGAACUGAGCUACCAUGCUGUGCCAAAAAAACUAUCAACUUAGUUGCGUGGCGAUAACAAUAAAGAAUUGAU